UAUUGAGUGCAGGUACAUUCACUUUCAUAAUCCAUUUUUGAGCAUCAAGAAACGCUACAUCCAUCUUCCAUCACUCGCAUUAUAGACAUCAUUUGUUUGGUGCCCACGAUGCUUUUAUCUCAUCUGUUGAUAAGUAUCUUGCUCACCCUUACGCAUGGCGACGACUGCCCCAUUUUUUUUGACCCACUGGAGGUGGUGGUUAAAUAUGGAGAUUCAGUUUCAGUGAACUGCUCCACCGACAUCCCACACCAGGGCUUGAGAUGGGAGGGGUUCAACACAGAAAUCAAUAUGACUGAAGGCCGAAGCUCCUGGACUGUGGAUGAAAUGACAGAUUGGGAGAUACAGCCAUCUUGUGUGGUCAUCUCCAAUGAAACACAGUGUUUGCAGAAACUCACAAUUACUAUUUACAAGACUCCAGACAGUGUGUCUAUAAGCACAGGGGAUAACAUAAUGAUUGAAUGCUCCACAUAUGAACUUCAGUGUGAUGUUGUGAAUGUGGCUCCUGUUCAGAAUCUCACUGUGAAAUGGUAUAAAGGAGAGACUCUGAUGCAUAAAGAGACCUUCACAGACCCCACCAAGACACCAGUGAAUACAACAUCUAUACUUCAGAUCACUGCAGACAGAAGUGAUGAUGGAGUUCAGUACAGAUGUGAAGCAGAGCUGGAACUGGGAGCAGAAGGACCUCAACCUCCUCCAGCAGUGACAUCAGAACCUCUUAACAUCGUUGUAUAUAGUAUACUUCAGUUCAACCCACAGCGAGUUGUUGUGAGGUACGGCGGCUCUGUUUCAGUGAACUGCAGCACUAAUAUCACACAUAAAGGGAUCGGGUGGGAAGCCAGUGAGGGACCAGUACCCACGAACAGAGAGCAGAAUCUGAUCACCUGGAGAGUGUCGAGCCUCAGAGAAUGGGACAUAAAGCCAAUCUGCUAUAUCAACUAUGACAGGACACAAUGUGGAAGUAAUCUUCCAAUCACUAUUUACAAGACUCCAGAGAGCGUGUCCAUCAACACAGCUGAUCACACAGGACCGAUGAAUGAAUUCUCCACAUAUAAACUUCAGUGUGAUGUUGUGAAUGUGGCUCCUGUUCAGAAUCUCACUGUGAAAUGGUAUAAAGGAGAGACUCUGAUGCAUAAAGAGACCUUCACAGACCCCAUCAAGACACCAGUGAAUACAACACCUAUACUUCAGAUCACUGCAGACAGAAGUGAUGAUGGAGUUCAGUACAGAUGUGAAGCAGAGCUGGAACUGGGAGCAGAAGGACCUCAACCUCCUCCAGCAGUGACAUCAGAACCUCUUAACAUCGUUGUAUACUAUAAACCACAAAUAUAUUUUUGUAAUCACUGGGCACCAAAGAUCGAAAGCACACUGAGUUUAUAUCCCACAAGUUAUUAUUCCAUUGUGGCUAACCCUUCAGCAAACAUCUCAUGGAGCCGUGGAUCAUCAUCUCUCAACGCUUCUAUAUUUCUUGACAAAUACGACUCGGGCGAGUAUAAAAUCACUGCCAGCAAUGAACAUGGUGCAUCCAGCUGUAUCAUAAACAUCACAGUAGAGUACCCCCCCGGAUUAAACUGCAAUGAAAGCUUCCAAAUACAAGAGAGAACGCUCUUUAAACUUCCUUGUUCAGUUGAUGGUGUUCCAGAGCCUGGUAUCUCCCUCUACAAAAAUGGAAAACUGAUCCCGUUUCCAUAUUCUCCCAGCUGGAAUGAUAGUGCCUUGUAUAAUUUAACUGCAAGUAACAAAUAUGGAUCAGUAUAUCAUCCAUUACAAAUCAACAUUCUGUAUGCUCCAGUAUUUGACCCCAUAAACGGAAACAUUGAGGUGGUAGCAGACGGCAAUAUAACCCUGAAUUGCAGCUCCUCUGGUAACCCUGAACCUCACAUGUGGUGGAGCUUUAAAAACGCGAACAUCUCCACUGGGGGGCGCCACGUCACCAUAAACAUCCUGAAAGCCACGUCUACCGAUUCUGGGGAGUACAUAUGUAGUGCCACGAAUAGAUUUGGACACAACAGUAAGACCUUCUCUGUGGAGAUAAAAGAAAACAGCUCUCCCAGACACAUUUUUGCAGUCUACAUUUUAUUUGUCCUCAUUGCGCUGAUAUUGAUUAUUUUACUCUGUCUGUACGUGUGGAGAAAGAGAAAAUCAAGUGGACGGUAUCAAAUACAGACAGACCAGGAACUGAGGUCAUUAAGCAACAGAUGAUGAAGUGUUAUCCUUACAGCAUCAACAUCUUGAGUAAAGUAAAACAAAGAAACAAAAGCUGUGGUUUUAUAAUGUAUAUAUGGUCAUCAGUGUGCUAAGAAACAUGGUUAGCCUACCUCUACACUUUUAUUAAUAAAACCAUGUUUAACUUUCUUAAAGGUGGAUGGAUAAAUUGGACGGUCGCCUUGUUAAAUUAGUAGUCAGCUUUUGGCAGAACCUGUUGAAAAAUGCAACUUAGGACUUAAUGGUGCAAAUAGUCGACCAAUAAAUCUAUUACCAGUUCUGAGCAAAAUACCGGAAACAAUAGUUUGUGAGCAAAUUCAAUCCUUUUUUAAUGAGAAUAGUUUACUCUCUGAUUUUAGCAUGCAUAUCGAGAGGGACACUUAACAUGAACACCAUUAACACAGAUGACAGACGAUUGUUGGGCACAGAUUGAUGAUAAUAAUUUAGUAGGAGCAGUAUUGUUAGAUUUUAGCUCAGCAUUUGAUGUAAUGGAUCAUAAAUUAUUGCUGGAAAACUGAAAUGUUAGAAAUUUACUUCUCGUAUAAUACAGUGGUUUAAAAGUUACCUGUCUAAUAGGGAACGAUGCAUAUUUUAUAAUGGAAGUUAUUCAGAUGUGAAAGAAUUGCAAAGGGGUGUGCCUCAAGGAAGUUGUUUGGGACCAUUAUUAUUUUCAAUUUUUACCAAUGAUCUUUCUUUUGUUUUAAAGUGUGCAAAGAUAGUUAUGUGUGCCAAUGAUACAACAUUAUAUUUAUCAGCAACAUCAAAUGAGCAGUUGUCUACUGUUUUGAAUAAGGAAUUACAAUUGGUUACAAAUUGGGUGUGGAAGAAUAAAUUAGUUUUAAAUGUGACAAAAGCAAAAGGUAUUGUGUUUGGUUCAAAUUCAAAAUGUAAACUCAAACCACAGUUAAAAGUGUCCGUGAAUAAUGUGCAAAUUGAACAGGUAGAGGAAAUAAGACUUAUCAAAGUGACAUUAGACAGCAGGUUGAAGUGGGAAGAGGUGUGUCAGUUAUUAAGAGAUGCACAACAUUUUUACCACAACAGUGCAUUGCUCAAAUCGUACAAACAAUGGUUCUUAGUCAUUUAGAUAAUUGUCCAGUAGUGUGGUCAAGUGCAGCAAGUAAAGAUUUUAAUAAGCUACAAUUAGUCCAGAACAGAGCUGCACGACUCAUCUUAAAUUGUAAUCGAAGGGCUAAUAUAAAUGGAAUGCAUAGGACUUUAGGUUGGUAAUUGGUGAAGGAUAGGAUGAUUAUGUCCAUGCUUUGUUUUGUAAGAAAUAUUUCUGUGUCUAGAAUUGCUAAUGUCCUGCAUUGUCAACUUAUAUAUAGGCAUGCAUCAAAAGGAUGUUUUUUACUUCCUCUUUCAAAAACCAAUGCAAGGCAACGAACUGUAAUAUAUAGAGGAAUGAAAAUAUGGAAUGAUUAACCAUCAUAUAUUACAUAUUUUUUUUAUAUUUUUUAAGGUUUAAAAAUCCUUAAAGGAAUAUUUAAUGACACAAUGUUUUACAAAUGGAUAGUUUUAAAAAAAAUUAUCUUUUAUUGACUUGACUUUUAUUGACUUGAUGUUUAUUGUUUAUUGUUGUUGUUUGAUGUAGUUUUGUAUUUUAUACCUGUUGGGACCCCAGGAAGAUCCAAUGGAGAUACAAAUAAAUAAAUAAAUAAAGGUCCAGUGUUUGAAGUUUAGCGGCGGUGAGGUUGCGAAUUGCAACCAACUUCUCACCCCACCCCUCCCUUUCUAAGCACUGCGGCGGCUGACACAAGAUGUCGUCACGUUUUCGCUUCUUUGCUGCAGGAGAUAACGUAUUUACGAAACGUGCCCUGUAGAGCAGUUUGUCCAUUUAGGGCUACUGUAGAAACAACAUGGCGAAUUCCAUGUAAGGGAUCCCGCAGUGUAUGUAGAUAGAAAUAGCUCAUUUUAAGGUAAUAAAAACAUAACGCUUCAUUAUGUAAGGUCUGUUAUGCAUAUUAUAUUGCAUUUCUGUGAAUAGAGCCUCCAAAAAUUAUACACUGGACCUUUAAGGGUUUAGACAACUAAAAGAAAAGAUAAAAUUGCUCAUGUGUUUGUUAUAUGAUUACACUUACAGUUCAUUACUUUAUGUAUAACACAUUGCUUUCUUCUGAAUAAUAACUACGAUGAAAAACAUUUUCAACAUGACAAGCACUGUUAAUCAUUAUUUACGUGUUUUGUUAAUAUUUUAAUAAAAGUC